AUGCUACCACGAUCCACAACGACGCGUCUGUCGCACUCGCUGCGAGCGCGCCCUCUCGUCAGCCACUCCUCCGUCCAUCGUCGUGCCUUCUCGCUCCGCCCGUGGCUCCCUGCCGUCCUCCGCGCACAGCCAAAGGACUCGAAGGACGCACCAAAGGACGGCGAGCGACCACCCGGCCUCGAUGACUUCUUCGGUGGGUUCCUCGGCCGACGCCCAAAGGACAACGCAGUGCCCGGCGCAUCGCCUGCACCCGGCGCCGCCGAACUCGCACCGAAGGAUCCGCUGAAGGGCCUGUUUGGCGGAGAGGUGGGAGACACGACGGGCGGACCGGGGCCGGACAAGAACAAGCGCGAUGGCAAGGACGGCAGGCGGGACAAGGGCAACCAGGGAGGAUCGGGCAAGAAGCCUGACCCGAGCGAGCAGCCUACUCCGCCCAACCCUUCCGCGUACAGCCUCGUCGCGACCACCAUCGCCUUGUACGCCCUUUACCGCCUCUCGUCGCAGUACGACCCCUCGUCUCGCGAGAUCACCUGGACCGAGUUCUACUCGGCCUUCCUCUCCAAGGGUCUCGUCGACAAGCUCACCGUCAUCAACAAGUCGCGCGUCCGCGUCGGCUUGCACACGAACGCGACCGGCACGAUGGGCACCGGUUCGUCGCCUGCGGGCGCGACCGGCUCGUACUACUUCAGCAUCGGAUCGGUCGAGGCGUUUGAGAAGAAGCUCGACGAUGCACAGAACGAGCUCGGCAUCCCCCUCGGCGAACGCAUCCCCGUUGCCUACCACGACGAGAUCCCCCUCGGCCAGACCCUCCUCAACCUUCUCCCGACUCUCAUCCUCAUCGGCUCGACCGUCUGGAUCUAUCGUCGCAUGACUGGCGGAGGCGGAGGUUUGCUUGGCGGCGGCGGAGGUGGACCGGGCGGAGGAGGCGGACCUGGCGGAAUCUUUGGCGUUGGCAAGAGCAGGGCCAAGAUGUUCAACCACGAGACCGACAUCAAGGUCGGCUUCCGAGACGUUGCCGGAAUGGACGAGGCCAAGGAGGAGAUCAUGGAGUUCGUCAAGUUCCUCAAGAACCCGGAACACUACGAGCGCCUCGGUGCCAAGAUUCCCCGCGGCGCCAUCCUCUCCGGCCCUCCCGGUACCGGCAAGACGCUCCUCGCCAAGGCGACCGCAGGCGAAGCCGGCGUCCCCUUCCUCUCCGUCUCCGGCUCCGAGUUCGUCGAGAUGUUCGUCGGAGUCGGUGCGAGCCGUGUCCGAGACCUCUUCGCCCAGGCCAAGAAGAACGCGCCGUGCAUCAUCUUCAUCGACGAGAUUGACGCGAUCGGAAAAGCUCGUGGCAAGGGCGGACAGUUUGGCGGCAACGACGAGCGCGAGUCGACCCUCAACCAGCUCCUCGUCGAGAUGGACGGUUUCGGGACGGGCGAGCAUGUCGUUUUGCUCGCAGGGACGAACAGGUCCGACGUCCUCGACCCGGCGUUGAUGCGUCCUGGCCGCUUCGACCGGCACAUCGCCGUCUCGAACCCCGACGUCUCCGGCAGGCGCCAAAUCUUCAACGUCCACCUGCGCAAGCUGGUGCUCGACGUCCCCCGGCCGGAGAAUGCCAAGGAGGGCGAGAAGGAGGGUGCGGCAGCGGAGGAGGAUGGUGAGGCGCAGCGCGAGUCGCACGCCGACGGCGACAAGCAGCAGCCGGAUGUUGCGCACUUCCAGGCCGCGCCUGCAGCACCCGCCUCGUCCGCCGCCAUCGAUGUUUCCGCCUCUCCAGUUCUCUCUGCACUCCUCAACGCUACCCCGACCUCCGACAAGCCUUCCUCCCGGCGGGCCAAGUCGAACAAGAACGACGCGACCGCCAAGUCCGAUUCGCCCGCCCCUGAGGCGCCCACAGGCGACAAGGCCGCAUCGAACUUCGAGUCGAUGUACACGCUCAAGCCGACCGACGAGCCCGACCCCAACUCGCCUCUCGGCAAGCUGAUUCGCAAACUCGCCGCGCACACGCCCGGUUUCUCCGGCGCAGACAUCGCCAACGUCUGCAACGAAGCGGCGCUCAUCGCCGCACGGCUGGGCGCGGAUGUCGUCAAGGAGAAGCACUUUGAGAUGGCGAUUGAGCGCGUGAUUGCGGGAAUGGAGCGGAAGAGUCGCGUGUUGGACAAGGAGGAGAAGCGGACGGUUGCGUACCAUGAGGCGGGACAUGCGGUUGCGGGAUGGUUCCUCGAGUGGGCAGACCCGCUUCUCAAGGUCUCCAUCGUCCCCCGAGGCGUCGGAGCGCUCGGUUACGCGCAGUACCUGCCGAAGGAGCGCUACCUGUACAGCACGGAACAGCUCAUCGACCGGAUGUGCAUGACUUUGGGCGGACGUGUCGCCGAGGAGAUCUUUUUUAAGCGGAUCACGACUGGCGCGCAGGACGACUUGCAGAAGGUCACCAACAUGGCGAUGCAGACGAUUGCCAACUACGGCAUGAACGCCUCGGUCGGCCCGCUCUCAUACCGCCAGGAGCAGGAGUCGUUCCAGAAGCCGUUCUCUGAGAAGACCGCCCAGCUCAUUGACGACGAGGUCCGCAAGAUGGUCCGCGAUGCACACGCUCGGUGCACUCAGCUCUUGACGGAGAAGAGGCAGCAGGUUGAGGCGGUUGCCAAGGUUUUGCUCGAGAAGGAGGUCCUCAGCCGACACGACAUGAUCGAGAUCCUCGGACCUCGCCCGUACGGCGAUGCCUACGACGAGGCCGUCUCGUUUGGCUCGUCCGCGCCUGAGCCCACAGACGGCGACGCACCCUUCGGCAAGGGCGUCGAAGGUGGUCUCGGCGGCGGCAUCGGCAACAACGUCCCGCAGCCGAAGGGCAUCGAGGAGGGCGCGCGGGCGCAGAAGGCUUAG